GGGACGACGUGGACACAAUCUGCCAAGUUCUGAAUCCAAGCGGUAUGGAUCCGCAAACGAAACGAGGCUCCGACUUGCGGGAUGUGAGUGUGUGUCAAAAAGGAUGCGGGCUUCUGUUGUCCCGGGACGAUAUCACUAAGGGGAAUCACUGCUGUCUGGACGCGCUUCGCUUGCUGACCGAUGCGCUCGAAGAGAGAAGCGCAGUUUUGGAGCAUGAAUCCCGGAUGGCGAGGCUCAGGUGGGGCCGGAGAGAGCAGUCCCUCUUAGCCCAGGUAUCAUCUCUGCAGAGCGAAGCGCAACUCGCCGCCCUCAAGUACCAGCAAAAGCUACACCAGUACAUGCUGAACAUCAGCAGCAUUGCAGAACAGGUCAUUAGUUACUACAAGAGUGACUUGACGACAGAAAGUGACAUGCAGGGCCAGAUAUCAGAAGAAGCAACAAGUGCAGAGGCAGAGGCACAGGAGCAAGCCAAACCACCUGAGGAUAAGAGGUGGAUGGUGGUGAGGAUGGGGACCGUGGUGGUGGUGGUGGUGGUGGUGGAGGAGGAGGAGGCUUGGGUGGUGGAGAUGAAGAGGGAGAAUGGUGGAUAG